UCUCCGAGAUCGGAACCCGCGGCCCUUCGAAUCUCCGAACCCGCGCGUCGUUCUCUGACGCCGGUUAGCAAUUCGCCGUCGGCUGCGCCUCUCCUGCCGAAAUAGCAGCAGAGCUUCGUCCAGGAGGAUCGGGUCGGCCGCUUUCGUUUGAUCCGGCGGCAUCGACCUCGUCAAGGUCGAACCUCCGCCGCCGACGCGUCGACCGGGGGCCUUUCGAUCGAGUCCUCCGCAAGUUCUGCGAGGAGGACUAUCGAGCCGUUGUCUGGGUCGAGCUCAAUUCGAAGAUUCCUGACGAGGGGAUCGUGGACUCACCGGAGGUUAAUCGAGAGGUGCCACAAUCGGAUCUCGGUGCUCCAGAGAAUUUACAAGUGCUUAGUGGGAAAGUAUUAACAGUCUAGAAUGUCAAAGGACAGUACGGUCCGUUCCAUUGUUGACCAUGGGUCUUCAGCAGCUCCUGAUCCCUGCUCCUCCCAGCAAAUUAAGUUGCUCGAGUCCAACAACCCAGUUGAUUCAGCUGAAAACAUCAGAGAAUGGGUGGAAGCUAGGUGCCCCAUUUGCAUGGAGCAUCCUCACAACGCUGUCAUCUUGAAAUGUUCAUCGCAGGGAUGCCAGCCAUACAUGUGCAACACGAGCCACCACCAUUCUAACUGUCUCGAUCAGUUCAAUAAUAGAUCACCAGUUCCGUCUCCCUCAAUAGCAUUACCUAGUAGUAUUGUUCUGUGUGGGAGUGGUGUGGACUCGAAGCUUGUCUGCCCUUUUUGUAGAGGGAAGAUACUGGGUUGGGAUGUCAGAGAGGCUGCUCGCCAGUACAUGGAUUCCAAACCAAGGAGUUGUUCCCUGGAGACUUGUAUGUUCACUGGGACUUACUCAGAAUUAACGAAGCAUGCUAGAACUGAGCACCCACAUAUGAGGCCAUCGGAAGUGGAUCCGUCACGGCAGCAUGAUUGGAUGAGGUUGGAACGGGAAACAGAUCUCGAAGAUCUCUGGAGCACCCUAGAGUCAGAUUUGUCUAUGGCAGAAUAUCUGUUUGAGGAUGAUUGGUCAUCUAGGGCAGAAUCUCUGUUUGAGGAUGAUUGGUCAUCUACGGCUGAAUCUCUGUUUGAGGAUGAUUGGUCAUCUACGGCAGAUUCUCUGUUUGAGGAUGAUUGGUCAUCUUUUUCAUCCUGGCCCUUGUCUAGGGCAGAGGUUGGGAAUGCGUUCGUCUUGCAGAGCCUUGGCCAAGGCCGUAGACAUAUGCAUGCUGGCCAUUUGUUUAUGGCAGAAAAUGAAAGUCUGGAUCCAAUGCUCCUGCUUGAGGUCGUUUGGUCGUUUAGUUCAUCCAGGGCCUUGUCUGAGGCAGAGAUUGCGAAAGAGCUCCUCUCGCAGAGCCUUGACCGAGGCCAUAGACAGAUGCGAAGUCGAAUGCCAGCGCAGAGGACACCGUGGGGAAGAUAUGGAUAUGAGUCCAAUGGUAGCGUGCAAAGGGCCAACUUCUCGGCCACGAGGUGUAAUGCCCAGAGGCUUCGGCGGCAGGAUCGCAGAUGGUCAGCGUCUAGCAAUAGGUGGUGAUUACUAGAACAAGGUCUUUUGAGGAUGCGGAAUUUGGCUAUUGGAACAUGACAGUGCGCUUUGAUUAGAUCUGUGAUUGUGGUACAUUGUCCUCUCGCAACAUUGAAUCAAUGCAUUGCCGUGUAUUUUUUUACUCUUCUACUCAUAUGGUUAGCUUACCGGGUGACUUUCCCUCAGUAUAUAUAUUGAUGUUCCAGUCUUCUUGUACCAAUUUACGAAUUUCUUAAUCGCUAAAUUUCAUAUUUACGAUCGAUGAAUGCGAAGUGUAGGACUUU